AUGUUUGUGUACACACUGGAACGAGACAGGCAACAAAACCGGGUUGGUCUCAAGUCACAAGCCAAUCAUUGGUGGGAGUUUUUCCACUUCACUUUAGCUGAAACCCUAAUUGACCAAUCUGACGGAUCCAUAUACGGCGCCGUUUUCGAGUACAAACUCUUUUCCUACAAUUACCAUAUUCAUUCGAAGCCACCUCCUCGUCACGUGAUAGCGUUCCGAGGCACGAUCAUGAAGCGGCAUUCUCGGUCAUGUGACCUUAAGCUCGACCUACGUUGCAUCCGCGACAGCCUCCACGACAGCACUAGAUUCGUGCAUGCCAUAGAGGUGAUCCAAACCUCGGUGGCUAAAACCGGCAAUGCAGCCGUAUGGCUCGCCGGACAUUCUCUCGGAGCCGCCGUGGCUUUGCUCGCCGGAAAGAUCAUGACGAGAUCUGGUUUCCCUCUCGAGUGUUACCUAUUCAAUCCUCCUUUCUCGUCGAUUCCGAUUGAGAGGCUAGUGAAGAGCGAGAGGCUUAAACAUGGAGUUCGAUUCGCCGGAAGCCUAGUCAAAGCCGGAGUAGCCAUCGCCAUCAAGGGUCGCCACCAUCACAAUAAGGGCCAAGAAGACGACUCGUUCAUGAAACUAGCAUCAUGGAUACCUUAUUUGUAUGUGAAUCCUUCAGAUCCAAUCUGCUCAGAAUACAUUGGUUAUUUCAAGCACAGAAACAAGAUGUUUGAGAUCGGAGCUGGAAAAAUCGAGAGGAUCGCUACGAGGAACUCGCUUAGGAGUUUGUUGUCCGGAGGAGGAGGAGGUUCGUGUUCGGAUUCUUCAUCGGAGCCUCUUCAUCUUUUACCAUCGGCGUAUAUGACGAUCAACACUAGCAAAUCGCCUGAUUUUAAGAGAGCUCAUGGGAUCCAUCAAUGGUGGGAUCCUAUAUUCUGUGGUGAAUAUGUCUUGCACCAGUUUAACCAAUGA